AUGCCGGCCCCCCGCCGCCGCCCGGGCCUGCGUCAGAGCCUCCGCGCCAGGGGCCCCGGGCCGCGCCGGCACCUGCGGGGACAAGCGCCGGCCCUCAGCCCGCCGGCCGUCGCCCCGACAACGCCCCCCGCCCGCGGGGGGGGGCCGGGACGGCGGGGGCGAGCCCAUCCCCGGAGGCGGGGUGGGCGGGGAGGGCUGACCCCUUCCCGGGGAGCGGGGAGCCGCCGGCCCAUCCCGGCGGCUCGCCUCCGCCCGAGCCCAAGCGGUCCUGGAGUUCGCCUCCGCGCCACGGGCCCGAGCAUCGGCGCGCCCGAGCGCCGUGCGGACUCACCAGAAGACCCCCGACAGCGCGCGGACAGACGGGACCAUGGAGAGGAGGCCCCCCGGCCUAGAGAGGCCGAGCGCCGGCGGCGGCGGGAGCGGCGGCGUGGGAAGGACGCGUUUCCGGGGACGGCGGCGAGGGGCGGGGCUGGCGGCGAGGGGCGGGGCUGGCGGCGCGCAGGCGUAGUGCGGAGCGCAGAGUGCAGAUUGAAGAGCGGAGGCGGCCGGAAGUGA